AUGACCAAUGGCGGGGCCCAUGGUGUUUUAGUCGUCAGCUCCAGCCCAAAGGCCUAUGAGCAAGCGCUAAGAUACGUUCGAAAAAUGGGAGCUCUAGUUUGCAUUGGGAUAAGACCUGAGUAUUUUGUGGCAAGAGGCGUGCGCCUUCUUGGAAGCAGCACAGGGACAAUGAGUGAAACUAAAGAGGCCCUUGAGCUUGUCAGAGAUGGACGGGCGAAGCCAAUCACCGUGAAGAAGAAAUUGGUCGACAUCCAAGAAUGUCUCACUGCAAUCGAGGCGGGAGACAUCGUUGGAAGAUAUAUCAUAAGUGCGACAUGA